AUGUCACCCACGACAUUCACCCUCGACCUCCCAACAUGCCUCUGCAUCGCCUUCGCCCUCUCCUUCAUGCCAGCCGCAUACCUCCUCGGCCGCGCCCUGAUCCCCUCCACCCACACGCGUAACCGCCUCCUCUUCUACUGGCACGCCUACGACGCCCUCACCCACUUCUUCAUCGAAGGCUCCUUCCUCUACGAGUGCUUCACCAGCUUCGCCACCCUGCCCGCCGGCUUCGCCCGCGCCCCCUACUUCCUCGGCCACACCGACCGCGUCUACGGCGCCGCCUACGGCUCCGGCCCCAGCGCCCGGCUCUGGCAGGAAUACGCCAAGGCCGACGCGCGCUGGGCCGUCGCCGACCCGACCGUCGUCUCGCUCGAGAUCCUCACCGUGUGUCUGGGCGGCCCCGCCGCGCUGUACGUCUGCUAUCUGCUGUGGAGGGCGUCGCGGCCCGCCACGCCGCCGGGCGAGCGUGCGGCGGCCAAGGCGAGGCUGUGGCUUGUUGCGCCGGCGCUGGCGACCGCCGAGCUGUAUGGUGGGUUUAUGACGUUUGCGCCGGAGUGGCUGACUGCGAGUGCGCAGCUGGAUACGUCGAAUCCGGUGUAUUUGUGGUUUUAUUUGUUCUUUUUCAAUACGCUGUGGGUGUUUGUGCCGGUUUGGGUUUUGUGGGAGGCCGGGAGUGAGCUGCGCGCUGCGUUUGUGCGUGCCGAGGGGGAGAAGAGGAAGUUGGAUGUGGUUAUUUGA